CGCAUCGCCGCCCACGCUCUUCCCAUAUAACUUGUCUUCCCUUCCCACCUUCAUCACCACUUCUUCUUUUCUCCCUUCUUCAUCCAUCUUCAACUAACAGCUUCCAUCUCGCAUCUCACGUCUUUCAGACUCAAACCUUCCAACCUUUUCAAAUCCCCAAACCCAACCACCACCACAACACCAUCAAAAUGACUGGCGGAAAAUCUGGCGGCAAGGCCUCUGGCUCCAAGAACGCUCAAUCCCGAAGCUCCAAGGCCGGUCUUGCCUUCCCUGUCGGUCGUGUCCACCGUCUCUUGAGAAAGGGCAACUACGCUCAGCGUGUCGGUGCUGGUGCCCCUGUGUACCUCGCCGCCGUUCUCGAGUACUUGGCUGCCGAAAUCUUGGAACUUGCUGGCAACGCCGCUCGUGACAACAAGAAGACCCGUAUUAUCCCCCGUCAUCUCCAACUCGCCAUCCGCAACGAUGAGGAAUUGAACAAGUUGCUUGGUCACGUCACAAUCGCCCAGGGUGGUGUUCUGCCCAACAUCCACCAAAACCUGCUGCCAAAGAAGACCGCAAAGGGCAAGAACCCCAGCCAAGAGCUGUAAGCUUUAACAAUUGUUUCUGGCUUGGUUUGCAAUGGAGUUUCAUGACAAAUGUGAUCACACACGGGGUUUGGGGUUGGGUUGGCCUGGUCAAAUGGGCUUUUCAGAAUCUGCUUUUACGGAUAGGGUUGUACAUUAUGUCCAUCCAUGCUCAGUAUCAUCAUGAACAUGAUAGGGCAUGCAACAGGGGCAUGAGGCAUGCGAGAUGGCAAGGCAUUGAGAGCUUUGCGCAAUGAAUGGGAUCAGACAGACAUCAAUUUUAAUGAUCCAAGACAAAGCAAAUCAUGAAAUCCUAAAAAUUUGGUCUCCUGUUUCUAUUUCAACUUUCCUGUUUGAUCAUUUCCUCGCGUCGAGUUCUCAAAACAAUGGCUUAGUGGUGGUUUUUGACGCGUCCCAAUGGAAGCUGUGUUUUGGUAGACCUCUAACAAUGAUGUAAGCGACCGCGGCCACGCAGACAAAUGAAAUUCUGCCAUCACUCUGGUCAACGUCGAAUGUCCAACAGAAUUGUAAAGAAACAGAAAUCAUGUAAUCAAAGUUGCUCGUCGCCGUCUGGAAAGGUAGAGAGCAGGGAGCGAUCAAGCCGGAGCGAGAGCGCGAGCAUUGGGAAUAAGGUUGUCAGGCAAGCCUUUUCUUCAUUCCUGCCUAGUGCGCAAUAGCGGUACCAGCUAAA